AUGGAGAAGAAGUGCCUGUCUGAUACUGGCAAUGACUACCCUGCUCAUGUAGAGACUGCGUCCUUGAGCCAUGUCCAAACAGGAAUGAUCCUCCCCCGAGGAUCCACGGCGUCCGCCGACGAACGCAAUGGUAUUCCAGUUUGGGAGUUACGUCGCACCUAUACCAAGAGCGGACUCCGGGGGCUGUUCUCUUCCAAAUAUGUGUUCCUGUGUGCACUCUUUGCUACCAUGGGAGGUAUUCUCUUCGGUUAUGACCAGGGCGUGGUCUCGAUUACGCUUGUGAUGCCUCAGUUCCUCGAGGAGUUUCCUGAUGUUUCCCCAAGUGCCCCAGGAGCUGGAUUCAAGAAGGGCCUUAUGACCGCUAUUCUUGAGUUGGGGGCUUUUCUUGGUGCCCUAAAUCAGGGCUGGAUCGCCGACAAGAUAUCCCGCAAAUGGAGCAUAUUUACUGCUGGCUGUAUCUUCCUCCUUGGUGCUGCUCUACAGACUGGAGCUGUCUCCUAUGCUAUGUUGACCGUCGCACGUUUUGUAGGAGGCGUUGGCGUGGGAAUGCUUGCUAUGGUCGCCCCGCUUUACAUCUCCGAGAUUGCUCCUCCUGAGAUUCGAGGAACUCUGCUUGUUCUUCAGGAACUGAGCAUUGUCACUGGUAUCGUUAUCGCCUUCUACAUCACUUAUGGCACGCGCCAUAUUCCAAGUCACUGGUCAUGGCGUCUUCCAUUCCUGAUCCAGAUGAUCCCGGCUCUCUUCAUGAUCGCCGGUGUCUUCAUGUUGCCUUAUUCUCCUAGGUGGCUGUGCCAACGUGGUCGAGACGAAGAAGCUCUUAGGGUACUUGCUAAAAUUCGUGAACUACCCACCAGCGACGAGCGAGUUCUGCAGGAAUGGUGCGAAAUUCGAGCUGAAUGCACAUUUUGCAAGGAGGCAUCAGAAAAAAACACCCCAAACUGA